AGGGCAGGGCAGGGCAAGGUUCGCCCCGCUGCGCGCACCGGGAGCCGGGGCCGGGGCCGGAGCUGGGCGCGGAGCCGGGUGCCCCGAGGCCCGGCCGGGCGGGGGGUGCUGGGGGGCCGGGCCAGGCUCGGCUCCUCCCGCCGGGGGCGCAGCCACAGCCCGCGGGAACGGGGGUGACGAAUCGCUCCGGCUGCGCCUUGGCCACGUCUCCGCGGCGCGGCCGGCGGGAGGGACCCGGGCUGGAGCCGGAGCCGGAGCCGGAGCCGGGGCGCCCCAGCGUGCACCCGCCCCCAGCGACGCUGCCAUGGCCUGCGCCCCGUGACGCCGAGCUCCGGGGCCGGGCGGCGCUGUGACCGGGGCGGCCCAGGGGCAGCCAUGGGGAGCAUCUACAAGGAUUACUUCAACCCGCUGAAGAUCCGGGAGCACUACAACUACACCAAGGGGCUGACCGAGAGCCAGCUGAGCCCGGGGCGCGACCCCGUCUCCGUCACCAUUGUCGUCCUGUGCUGCCUGAUUGUGCUGGAGAACCUGCUGGUGCUGCUCUCCGUCUACCGCAACAAGAAGUUCCACUCGGCCAUGUUCAUCUUCAUCGGCAACUUGGCCUUCUCCGACCUGCUGGCCGGCCUGGCCUUCAUGGCCAACGUCCUGCUCUCGGGGCGCUACACCUUCUCGCUGACGCCGGUGCAGUGGUUCGUGCGGGAGGGCACGGCCUUUGCCACCCUGGCGGCCUCGGUCCUCAGCCUCUUGGCCAUCGCCAUUGAGCGGCACGUGGCCAUCACCAAGGUGAAGCUGUACGGCAGCGACAAGAACUGCCGCAUGGUGCUGCUGAUUGGGGCCUGCUGGGUGAUCUCGGUGGCCAUCGGGGGCCUGCCCAUCAUGGGCUGGAACUGCAUGGGGCAGCUGGAGGACUGCUCCACCGUCCUGCCCCUCUACUCCAAGCGCUACAUCCUCUUCGUGGUCACCGUCUUCACCGCCAUCCUGCUCUCCAUCGUGGUGCUGUACGGCCACAUCUACUGCAUCGUCCGCUCCAGCCACGCCGAGAUCGCCGGCACGCAGACCCUGGCCCUGCUCAAGACAGUCACCAUUGUGCUGGGGGCCUUCAUCGUCUGCUGGCUGCCAGCCUUCAUCAUCCUCCUGCUGGACACCUCGUGCGCCAUCAAGGCCUGCCCCGUCCUCUACAAGGCGGACUAUUUCUUCAGCUUCGCCGCCCUCAACUCGGCCGUCAACCCCGUGAUCUACACGCUGCGCAGCAAGGACAUGCGCAAGGAGUUCCUGCGGGUGCUCUGCUGCUGGGGCGGGGCAGGGUGCGGCAAGCCGGCCAAGUGCUGCAUGGUGCCACUCCGCAGCUCCAGCUCCCUGGAGCACGGCACCCAGAAGCAAGAGCUGCCCACCUCGCCCAUCCUGCGGGAAUGCACCACCUCGGUGUGAGGCGCUGCAGAGCCGGCUGAUUGGUACGAAGGGAGCCGGCCCAGAGCCGGCUCUCCCCCGGGCCGCGGGAGGCUGCAGAGCGUGGCUCUGUCGGGGCAAGGAGGGCGGGGACUCUCCGGUUACUGGCAAUCUGGUUCAUGUGAUGCCGUCUUCCCGAGCGCCACCCACUCCUGCCGGGAUCCCGCCUGCUCCCAGCACGGCCUCACGCCAGCCGCACGCCCACGCUCACCCGGCGCGCGCCCGGGGGCUGGGCGGAGGCUGCCUGGGUCCACGCCCGCUGGCCCAGAGGCCUUUCCGGCGGAUGCCCUGCCCUGCUGGGAGCUCAGCUCCGCCCCGGUCUGCCUGUGGGGUGGACUGCCACCUGCCCUGCUGGGGUGGAAGCCCUGGGGCGGGAGGAGGGGGCUGGCAGCGAGGGGUUUGCUGCCCCGAGCCCGGCCCGGGGGGCGCGGAGUGGGGGGUCUGUGCACAGUCAGGACCAAAGCCUCACUACACACAUUUUCCCUGGCCAGCUGGUAGGAUCGGGGCACCAGGUGCCCCCGGCAUGGCGCCCAGCCCCGUGUGGCGAGCAAUCGCUGUCAUGGGCAGGAUGAACUGGGGUCCUGCCCCAGUGCUGCCCCCCGAAGCUCCUCUCCCCCAUGGGACGUGCAAUUGAAACCCGCUGGGGCGGCCUCGCCAGCCGACCUGGGGGUGGGAUGGGCUCUUGCAGGGGCCAGGGGCACUGCUGGGCUGUCCAUCGGCCCCUCCCCAUCUGUCUCUCCCCCUCCCUGCAAUCUGUGGGCCUUUCCGUCCCUGGCUGCCUCUCUGUCCCUCCGUCCAGCCCAGACCUCGCUUCGACAACAGGGUCUGUUCGCUGGUCGUCUUCAGGUCUGUGCAGCUGUCUGUCCGUCCCUCCAGUACCUAGCCGUCCGCCUGCCUGUCUGUCUGGGGUCCCCUAGGGCCCCGCUCGCCGCAGCCUCGGAGCCCCCGGCCCCCAGCUGCAGUCGGAAGAGGCUGGGUGGGGAGCGGGGCGAGAACCCUCCAGGGCCCACGCCUGGUUAGAGCAAGUGUGUAGUGUGUGCGUGUCUGUCUGUGUGGUGCACUGUGUCUCUGGGUUGUGUGUGUGUGUGUGGCGGGGGGUGUAGCUCUCACGUGCCCCCCGCUAGGCCUGGCCCAGGACAGGUCUCUGCUCCGCCUGGCGCUGGCAGCCCAGGGGCACAGGCCUCUCCUGGCUUGGGGCUUCGCUGGGUGCCCUCGGCGGGGGCCGCUGGGCGGGCGGGCGGGCGUGUCCCCGGCCUGACUGGGAGAAUGAAUCACGGCCCGAUGUGCAGCAACCUGCCCGUGAGGCGCGGGGGUGUGGGGUUGUUUUGUGAAUGAGAAUGGAAGGCGGGCGUGGGAACGUCAGCCCUACCCAGCACGUUGGGGGGGGGGGGGGGGGGGUUAAGGUUUUUAAAAUAACCCGCUGCCCCCGGCCCCCUCCGGACGUGGUGCCGGCAGGGACCUGGCCAGUGGGUCUGGGGUGUGCGUCCUUGUGUCCCGGCCUGUCCCCAGGGUUGCUGGAACCGUUUGUGCAGUGGGGGGCUGAGAGCCAGUGAAGUGAUCGAAACCGCUGCAAGCCAGGGGUUGCAGGGCCCCCCCCCCCAUUCCAGCACCUCUGCCUUCCGCUUUCACCCCUGUCUGUCCGCUCCUCCGGCCUCGGGGUGCUCUGGCCGAGGGGGAGGCCCAGUGCCACGUGAGCGCGGGGUCGGGACCUGGUUCUUUAGUGCACACGCAGCGCCGUUGGGGUGGGGGGCCGGGAGGACGCACCCCGUCCCUGGCAAACACUACAGGAGCCCCCAGGUCUGGGCCGCACGAGCCACCUCUGUACAAAUGGCCCUUGGCACCAAUGGGAUUAAAAGUUUGCUUCUGUA